UUUUAAUGUCAUGUUAUGCUAUUGACGUCAUACAAUAUUUAUUGUUCUUCUUUGAUAAAAUAUGGACUUUGUUUUCCAUUGUCUGGUGCCCUUUCAGACUGCUCUCAAAACGUUUGGUUAUUGAGUUGGGAUGCGGCGGACGAGAAGGCGCCGUUCCUUCGCAACGAACCGGUGAAGCUAACGCCGGCCUGGGAGGGCACCAACCUGCCCAAUGACACGCUCAACUUGAAAGGUAUAGCCAUGGAUUUGGCUCCUCCCAAAGACAAAUGGAACCUGAUAUUCCUGACGCUGCUCCUCCACGGGCUCGGCACGCUGACAGCCUGGAACAUGUUCAUCACGGCCAAGGAUUACUUUGUCAAGUACAAGCUGGAGAACGCGCCGGAGUAUUCCGAGCACUUCCUGGCUUACGUCGGCUGGGCCAGCCAGAUACCGAACCUUUUUUUCAGCUGGUUCAACGUGUUUGUUAGGACGGGGGGUAACUUAACAACGCGUAUCGUGUGGUCGUUGAUGAUAGAAGUGGCGAUCUUCGUCGCGACCGUUGUACUAGCUAUGGUCGACAGCUCCGAAUGGCCCGGCGCGUUCUUCUGGCUCACCAUGAUACUCGUUUUCUUUAUAAACGGUUUCAACGCGAUCUUCCAGAACUCUGUGUACGGCGUAGCAGCGCGUUUGCCCCCCAGCUACACGGGCGCCGUGGUCCUCGGCUCCAACAUCUGCGGCACCCUCGUGGUAUUCCUCAACUGGUCGUCAGAAUUCUUCGAGAGCGUCAGAACAGCCGCCAUCUAUUACUUCAUAGGAGGCAUGUUCGUUCUGCUCAUCUGCUUCGAUACAUACUUCGCUUUACCAUUAAAUAGGUUCUACCGCUACCACGAUACCCUACAACAGCGUACCAUGCAAGCGAACCCCGCGCUCGCCGCGACCAACGGCGCCGCUAAGGAGCACAUCCCCUACGGCGCUAUAUUCAGGAAAACUGCCGUACAACUGUACAACGUGUUCUUCACUUUCUUCGUCUCGCUAGCUGUCUACCCUUCUGUUAAUUCAGAUAUUCUUCCGAACAUGCCCGGAUUCCUUGGUACGAACUUCACUCGCCUCACUUGCUUCUUGACGUUCAAUCUCACCGCCAUGUUGGGAAACAUCUCAGCCAGCUUGUUCCAAUACCCAACCCGUCGCUGGUUGUGGGUGUUCACGACCCUCCGCGUGGCCUUCAUCCCGUUCUUCCUGCUGUGCAACUACAAGCCAGACGUCCGCACACUGCCGGUGCUGAUCACCAACGACUGGGUGUACUGGAUCGGCGCUAUGCUGCUAGGUUGGACCUCUGGCCAUGGCAGCUCGCUAGGCAUGAUGUAUGUUGGAGGCGGCGUGGCCCCGGAGCACUCUGCGACGGCGGGCAUGAUCGGCGCGGCCAUGCUGGUGACGGGCAUCAUGAUGGGCAUCACGUUCACGCGCCUGUGCCCCAUCAUCGUCACCAUGGAGCUGUGGCGCGGCAUGUAGCGCGCGGCCCACUACCUGGCCGCCGCCUGGGACGUGCUGGCGCGGGGGCUGGCGCACUGAGCGGACGCGUGUGGCCUCCAGUAAACAAGUCGCUAGUGGAACCUAAACGGCUCACCUUGACCAAGUGCUUACUAUAAAGUUUCUCACAAAUGAAAAAUAGUGCAUUACAACGACAUGUGAGUCCACAGAGCUCACAAAGUGUGCAAAAGUGAAUCUAAUUGUGUAAAAAGUACACAGAUGUUGUGUAGUGUGUAAAAGAUCAAGACAAGAGUAAUUUUGUGGUGAGACCUCAAGCAAAAGUGACUGUAUGGGACAGGACAUGCACCCUGUGUUAAUAAAGUUACUCAUGUAGGUAACUUGUCGUUAAUACAAUCAUAAGUGACCUCAUUAGAUAUCAAAUUAUCAAUAUUUGAGAAAUCAAGCGUCAAGUCUCUCGAAAGGUAUGAAGACUUUUGUAUAUGAUAUUAAGAGUGACAACAAUGUGUUCUAUAGCUAUAUAUGCGAAAUAUAUAAUUUAUGUUGUGAAUGCAUUUGUAAGUUGAGAUACAGAUUGCCAAAAAGUAAUAGUAUCAGUGUUGACUGUGCCUUUGUUUGUAGCACUGCUGUAAGAUUGUUGGACCUUGCCGUUAUGUAUUUUAAGAAGACAAAGAUAGUAAGACUUUUGGCAUAUACACAAACAUAAUCUGUGGUCCAGUGAGGGCUUUUUGACAGUAAUCUAGUAACCCAUGUGCUUAACAUCUAUAAAGUUUGUAAGAUAGUCAUGCAUUUACUAGAUGUCCUGUUCAGAUUUGAAUGCUAGUAAUCUAAGUUAACACCAAAUAUUUAGUUAUUUCAAUCGAAGAGAUAAUAUAUCAUUAACUUGAGUUAAUUGACUUACAAAUUAUGAAUUAUGAUAAGUUUGGUGCUUAUUAAGAAUAAUAUAUUAAUUUUGCUGUUAACUCCCGGUGAGGCUAAGUAAUUAUGUACAGAGGUGUAUUUUUAAUAUGUUUUCCUGAACAAAAUUAAACCGAGACUAUACAGAAUAAGUAAAUAUGUGAAUAGCUUAAGUAAAGUGAUAUCUAUUCUUUUGUUGCUUAGAAUUGAAACCUUCCGCCAAGUUGACACAAAGGCUUUAUACAAAGCAUAAAAAGCAUGUUUUUACAACAUAAAUGUGGCAAGAACUUUCAAAUAGAGUUAAAAUUGUUAUAUAAAAUGUAUAUGUAUAUUGUAUACUAAAUUUAACAUAUAAUGUCGCUAUAUAAAGUUAUAUAUGUAUAGUUUAAAGUUUGUAAGUGUGUUGAAGAUAUAUAAUAUUAAUGGGUAGUACAAGUUGGGUUUUUGUUGUUCAUUAUUUGCUGUUAGUUACUUUAUAAUGUUUUGAAUCUUAUCUUGUACAUUCAUAUCCACACCCUCAAUUUCUGAGAGGCUAUCAAUAUUAAAAUCUGUUAAUCAUAUGUCAAUUUUUAUGUCAUAAACUGCUAAUUUUUCUUUUUAAAAACUUCUCCUGCACUAGUUGAUUUAAUCCUUGUGUCGCGAGUAGUCCACAAUCAUUCAAAUCACAUGCUUUAAAGACACUCAGACUCUUUACAAGCAUUCAUGGUUCACUCAGAUGCUUGUCAUAAUCUAGGACCGAACCUGUGACACAUUGCAUGCAGUGGGUUUGGUGUGGUGACCUUAACCCCCUAACCAUGCAGUCAAAAUCAGUGUUUUUUGUGUGCACAGCCAUUUUCAUUGACAUAUCACCUUAAUUGAUACAUUUAAAUUGAUUAGCCUUUUAGAAGCUGUAUGUUUGAAAAUUUAUUUCCUUAUGAUCAAUAAUUGAUAUUAUUUAGACUACUUAUGUGACCUAAUUUGAAACAUAGCUGUGUAGUAUCUUAUACUAUCCUUAUUUAAUGAAAAUUGUUGCAUUAGGACUGCAAAACAUUAAUCCAAAGUUCUUUCUAUAUUUCAAGUAAUUUAAGUUAAUUACAAGUUAUUUUGUCUAUGCACAAAUUGAAUGAUUUGAAAUUUUUGAAUCAUGUUUUUUCAGUAAAAUAUAUAUUGACAUACAGAUGUUGUAGCUCUCCAUUUUUUCUUUUGAUUGUUUUAAUGGAUGACGAUUUUAAUACUUCCUACCUAACAUAAUAUAUAUAUUACUGAUAGGUACAUACAAUGUUCAUAAUUUUCCCUUUAAAUCCUUUUGUUGUAAUUAACUUUCCUCUCCAAUCUCAUUCUUGUAAUUUAUUAUAAUUAAUGUUAAUAAUAUAAUUAUGUAUGUUUUACAGACUGAACCACUAACAUUGAUGUAAGCUAUCAUUUGAAUUUAAGUUAUCAUAAGACUUAGCAUAUUGUUAUAAAUGUCCCUAGGUAACCGCUUAGUCUGUAUCUAGCGUUUUCAUGCAAAUGUGUGAGUUUUUAUUAAGUUACGAGUGAUUUGUAGUGCGUUAACAGUUUUUGUGACGAUAUUUUAAGCGAUACUUUGUGCUACUUGAAGUAGCCGACAUUAACGGGUUUUAUGUCUCAGGUUAAUUUUUACUUUUGUGUGUUCAUUGCAGAAACCAAAAACUUCAAAAUUUCGUAGCAUUAUAUCCUGGUUUUAUGACCUUUAUGUUUCCCAUCCUAGCAUGACCAUUGUUAGUCGCUAUUUAUUUGAAAGUAAAAUGUUAUUUUUUAAAU